GUGCCGGAUAAUCCCUCAGCUCCCCGCCAAGAGAAGAAGGGGCUCCUUCCAUCCCAGGGAUCUUCAAAGGAACUAAGAGCAGGGAUAUAAACCUCGUUGAGGGAAUCGACCGCAGGGAUCCAAAACAAUUCAAAAGAUCCAACAACAGGGUUCCCAACAAGUCCAAGGAACCCAGCAGGAAACAUCUCAGCAAAAGAGAUCUCAACCAAUCUGGGGCCCAAGCGCAGGGAUCUCAGCCAAACACCCAAGGACCCGGGAGCCGCUGUUUCCGAGAGCUGCCCGCACAGCGGAGCCAUGAAGAUGCCUCUGGCCACAGUCUCCCAGGUGCUCAAGGAAGGUGAGCUGGAGAAGAGGAGCGACAACCUGCUGCAGUUCUGGAAGAGGAAGACCUGCGUGCUGACGGCCGACAGCCUCAACCUCUACCCGGAUGCGCAGAAGAGGUCCAAGGGCAAGGAGCUCAAGCUGCAGAGCAUCAAGAAGGUGGACUGCGUGGAGCGCACGGGCAAGUUCGUCUACUUCACCAUCGUCACCACGGACAACAAAGAGAUCGACUUCCGGUGCUCGGCCGAGGACGCGUGCUGGAACGCGGUCAUCACCAUGGCGCUCAUCGACUUCCAGAACCGCAGGGCCAUUGAGAACUUCAGGACGCGCCAGGAGGAAGAGCGAGCGGCACCCGAGCACGAGCCGCCCAAGCGGCUGGUACGCGCACCCUGAGACGGACCCCUCCAACAACAAAACCAACACUUGAUUCGCGGCUGCACCGCCGACACUUGGACCAAAGGGAGACGGUGAGGACGGGUCCGAAGAUGAAGGAUUGUCCGGGACCAGGCGCGUCCCACAGCCCCCCCGCCACCCUGGGGGGUCUUUGACAGACUGAAAGACCGAGGUGCUGAAAAGGCCAAAGACUGACUUCCCACCCUGAACUCAUGAUUUCAACCUGCGCUUCCGCAAAGGCAGCAGCACCGACACCCGUGUUUAUUUAUUUGUGGACGAAAAGUGUUCCUUCUCCCUUGUACACAAGUAUUCCUUAACUUAUUUUGUACUUCCAUGUGUAUUUAUUUGAAUAAAUAAUAUUUUAUAAAAGUU